AGGAUCGCCGGAAAAACCGGAACAAACAAAAGAUACCAAAGCAAAGCCCAGCGGCAGCUCAGUGUUAUUAAACCCAAAGUGUGUGUAAAACAGGACUAUCGAAGGGACACUGACGGGAGGACUUCAGCUCUUCUGUGUCGCAUCCUGGGGAGAAAAAUAAAAAAAACGAAACGGAAAUGAAAAUGAUAGCACAACAUUAGACAAACAUCAGGAUCUUAUGUUUUUAUUUUAUUUUAAACCUCUUUUACUUUAUAAACAAUUUUAUAAAGGGUUCAUUAAGUGUUUUUUUUAGCUGUUCUUAGCUAUAAUGAAGGGCUCCCUUUCUGUCAUGUCAAGUCCGUGGAGAAGGAGGCAGAGGGACAGCGGGGCGGCCGGGCUGCUGUAUCCGCUGCUCGGUGCGUGCCUCUGGGCUGCGGUGGUCGGGUACAAGCCGGUGAUCAUAGUGCACGGUUUGUUCGACAGCUCAGGAGAUUUCAGAAACUUGCUGCGGUUCAUCAACGAGUCUCAUCCUGGAACAAAUGUGACCGUCAUCGACUUGUUCGACAGAAGCGCCAGCCUGCAGCCCAUGUGGAAGCAGGUGGAGGGAUUCAAGGCAGCUAUUUACCCAAUAAUGCAAAACGCAGCAGAUGGGGUCCACUUUAUUUGCUACUCUCAAGGUGGGCUGAUUUGCAGAGGAAUCCUCUCCACUCUGUCUGACCACAACGUCCAGUCCUUCAUCUCUCUGUCGUCGCCUCAGGCUGGCCAGUAUGGAGACACGGACUACCUGAAGUACCUCUUCCCACAGUUUGUAAAGUCCAACCUCUAUCACCUCUGCUACACUGCAAUAGGUCAGAGGAUUUCCAUCUGCAACUACUGGAAUGACCCCCACCACAGGGACUUGUACGUGAACAGCAGUGAUUAUUUGGCUCUGCUCAACAGCGAGAGGGCCAAUCCAAAUUCAACAGAGUGGAAGAAGAACUUCCUCAGAAUCAAAAAGCUGGUGCUGAUCGGAGGACCAGAUGAUGGAGUCAUCACUCCGUGGCAGUCGAGUCAGUUUGGAUUUUACGACGACAACGAAACCGUCGUUGAGAUGCAGCACCAAGACUUGUAUUUAAAAGAUGUUUUCGGUCUGAAGACGCUGGCGGCUCGUGAGGAUCUGAUCAUCUGUUCUGUUCCGGGUGUCGAACACGUGUACUGGCACUCGAACGAGACGGUGUUCCACAUGUGUAUGGAGAAGUGGCUGGUGUAAAACAGCACACACACGCACACACACACACAGCAUACGGUUUUAUAAGCUCUUCACUUCCACCUUGUAUGAACCUCUGCCUCUACAGCUAUUCUGAAAUACCCUCGCAAACGUUUGUGAGUGGACUCUGAAGGCUGUGUUCUCAUUUUUUUUGGAUUACGGUUCUAACUACGGUUCUCUUUUCCUUGUACUUCCUGCUGCUGAGGUUUGUGUUGUUGUAAAGAGAUUUUCUUUUUUAUGGUCAUUCUGGUAACUACUAGGUUACUUUCAAAGGAAUAGCGUGACAUUUUGGGACUUAUUUGCUCUCUUGCAGCGUGUUAGAUAAGAAGACUGAUAACGCCCUCGUCUCUGUACGAAGCUAAUAAGCACAUUUUCCGAAAUGUCAAACUCUUCUUUAAAUUAUUUAUUUUAAACCUUGCUGCUGCUGUCAGACAAAUCCAGCACAUCACUGUGUGUGCACUGAGGUUAUUUUCACAGAUAAUACGUGCAAAGCACAAACUGUCACAAGCAGCAAAUAUAAAGGCUCCCAUAAGAACUGUAAAGGUUUAAUGGCUAUUAUGUUAUUACAGACUCCUUUGAAUAAAAAAAAAUAAAUAAAUAAAUUAAAGCAGCACUCCAGCAAUUUGGUAUUACAUUCAUAAAGUGCUGGGACACCGUAGCAGAGGCUGAGAGGCUGAAAAAUCCCGACUUUUAUUCCAAAGUUUGUGUCAUGCGCCCAAAAGGCUGCAUUAUCCGCAAUGCAACCCAACAGCAUCUUCUGUCGGACCUUUCCUGCAUGGUAAACAUCCACAUUUUUCAAACUCCUCACCUCCAGCUUGUAACACAGUCCUUUUGUUACAAAAAUCUCAGUCCCAAGCUGUGGUUUUUACAGGCUGACUCGUCCCUCAUGGCUGCUAUGUAGAAACUGGUGGAGUGCCCCUUUAAUUUGUUUUGAAAAUGUUGGUUUAUUCAGUUGAAAUUCCAAGCCCACAUGCAUACAGUAUUUACCUGCGUGUGUGUGUGUGUCUGUGUGUUUGGUCACACAUACCUCAAAACACCACACCACACAACAGUGCCUGAGCAACGUUCUGUCAUCUUGUCUACAUGUACAGAAUCACUGCCCUGCUCGUGUUAUGAAGCAGUAAUUUAUAUCUUUUUUAUCCUUUACUUUUUAUCCCCUGGGGGGGGGGGUCUUGUUCUUUUUUUUCCAAUGUGCAUGAAUAUUAUGGAUAUCACGUUUAUUAUCAUGAUCAUGCAACAAUUUGGAGCUUUAGUAGAUUAAGCCUUAAAUUGUCCCUACAUGCCUCAGUGUUUUCAUGUCCCAUACCGAAGUGCUAUGGUGCACCACCUGUGGUGAGACGGUGCUAGGAUGGAUGUAGAGGGGUGGAGACUGAUGCAGAGUGGCCAGAGAGUGGCAGUAUAUUAGUGUUUACUCGUCCACCAGGCUAUUGUACAUGGCAGUCUUACCUCCCAUCGCAUUUAGACAUCUCAGGCGUCUGAGCACCUGUUUGUCUGUCCCUGUCGCAAAAGGGAUCGAUUUCAAACUGUUUGCAUUUUGUUCAACGUUCACGGUUGCCUGUUGUACUUAUAAAGUCUAUGUUUGUCAUUAGGAGAAGAAUGAAAAUAUAUAUUGUGGGAUAAAGCAAGAAGUGAAUUACUAGAUUAAUCAUGCAUUGCACAAAAGAGAGAGAAGAGAAGGGAAGUGAUGAAGAUGGGAUUAAUUUAACUGUUUCAGAGUUGUUAAAUUUGAGAAAUUAUUUUAGUAUCGUUGCAUCCUUUGUUUCAUGUAUGCUUGUGCAAAUUAAUUGACCUACCCGCAUAUGAUAGGGAUUUAAGGGAUGUACUCUGUGUUGAGUUUUCUUACCAUAGAUGUGGAUAUGGACAAUUUUUUUAAAGACUCAAAUAGAAAUUACUAUUUUGGCACUAACCUACAGUUUCUACAGUAUUUGUUCUGCCAACGAAAAUGUGUCAAAUGUUGUCAAUUCCUCAAUAAAAGACAGUUUUGAACAUC